AUGGCAGCUACGUAUGCAGCUGUCAAGGACAAACGCCUGAAGGUGGAACAAGUCAUCAUCAAUGGCCUGGACCGCACCAGAGCGUACAUCGUAUCUCGAGAGCUGGAGCCCGUGCAAGAAGCCAACUCAUUGGACGAGAUCAAGGACGUCCUGCUUGAGGCUCACGAGCAUCUUUUGUCUCUGGGAAUUUUCGAUGGAGUGGAAGUGAUCAUCACCGACAGUGAGACGGGACAGCCAGACGCAUGCACUGUCCUAGUGAGAUGCGCGGAGAAGGGCCGCGUCAAUUUGCACGCUGGCACCUACGUGAAUGGCAAUGAUGGCUCUUUGGAGUGUGCGCUGGGCCUGACAAAUGUUCUGGGGAGGGCGGAGGAGGUCAGCCUGUCAGCCGAGCUGGGCAUGAACAAUCUGACGGAGUUCUCAAUCAGCGUCAGCAAGCCGCGGCUGCGCGGGCAGGCGCGCAACCUGACAGCUGGAGUGUACCAGAAGCGACGCAGCUUCAGAGAGUAUUCCUCCUACAGCGAAGAGACACGUGGGGGCACCGCCUCAAUCUUUAGCCCGGACGGCACGCAUGCGGUGGCGUAUGACCUGGCAUGGCGCAGCAUCAGGGCCGAGGCCGAGGCAUCCAGGGCGGUCAGGGAGCAGACGGGGCACAAGCUCAAGUCUGCGCUGAGCUACAUCUUCAGGCACUACACUCUGGAUGACCUGCACUACCCCACCAGCGGCAUUGGCUUCAGGAGCUCAACGGAGGUGUCUGGACUGGGGCUUGAUGCAAACCUGCUGCGGUUUGCGAAGCAGCACCUGGCGGCGCAGUGGGUGCAUCCGCUCAUAGGCAGCACUGUCUUCAGCCUGUUCUUUCUGGGCGGCGUGCACGGCAACCUGAGAGGCUUCCACUUCAAGGGGGCAGGGCCGACAGCUGCCCGGCCGAGGGGGGGCGUGGACGCGAUCGGAGGGGAUUUGAUGUGCGCGAUCCUGGCGGAGGUACGGUUCCGGCUGCCGGUGGCGGCAAUGCAUGCGGCCGGCAUGUACGGGCAUGGCUUCAUGAACGGAGGGAACUCCGCGCUGCUGAGCGGCACAGGCAAGCCGGUGCAGCAAACGCUGGCCGACUUUGCCAAGGUGCACCAGACCUGGCGGUGGAGUGCGGGACUGGGCAUAGUCUGGCCAACAAGUAUUGGGAGGCUGGAAGUCAAUGUGUGCAAGGUGCUGAAACACCAGCAGCCGGACCGGUACACAAACUUUGGCCUGCAAGACAGGCCUUUUGAUACAGCCAGGAAAAUCUAUGGCAUCAAGAACUGA